CCCUACAACUCUUCCACGGUCUGGACACCGCACUCCAAAACCAGAACGCUUGCCCUUCCAGCAAGCAUACGCGCUGGCCGCGACGCCUUUGAAAUACAGUCGAGACGAGCUGAGCGACUGCGAGCGGGGCAUCAAUUCCGGCGAUGGGCAAGCCAGUCCCGCGCGAGGCGGACCGACGCGCCAUGGAUGUGUUGCGCGCAAUCCACCGUGAAGCUCUCUCGCGCGAACCAAUCUGCAUCCAUGCCCGCGGACAAGACCUGCGCCUCCAAAGCAUCAUUGACGCUGCGGCACAGGGCGACGAGGUAGUCAUUGCCGCCUGGGAGGGCUUCGUAAACCACAUCGCGGUACAGCGUCUGGCUUCUGCCUCGGCAUCACCGCGCCGCAUCGCGGAAACCGCGUCGAAUCUUAUUCGCAACUCGCGUGCACGGGACGCCACCCGCUCUUGGGAAGAGUGGAUUGCCCUGCCAGACCCGUACUGGUCGACACAUGCGAGGCGGGAGGCGCGCACCGGCGAACGUGAGGCCACGCCUGCGCCCAUGUUCAUCUACGACGAGCCGCCUCAGCGUCUCCAGCCCGGCACCCCUCGAGUGGGCGCUAGGGAUCGGGAGACGGCCAGAGAGGGAGAAGGAGUGGGGGAGCUAGAGGGAGACGAGCCGGUCUUCCACUCUUUCGGAGUGCGUGGGAGUUUGAAUGCCGCGGGGUCCGUGUCGUUCCCGCGCGCCUUCACCACCCACGGAUAUCCGAGGCGAACCAGGCGGCGGUCAAACUCCCCCGAGCCUUCUGGAGAGAGCAUGAGCUGGCUCCAAGAGUAUGGGAGCCAGCGCCGGGCGCGCGAGGAGAGCCCUCCCUUACGCCGCGCCCGCCGGCGCCUUAAUGACGGAAGGCGGUUUGGCAUUGUGUUCGACCAAGCGGGCAUGCCCGUCUCGAGCGGCGCCGGGAGUGCGGGAGGGGAGGGGGAAGGGGAAGGAGCAGGGGACACAGGCGGAAGCGCGGGCGGAGGUGGAACCGAAGGCGCCAGCGCCCCAGACAACGGUCCACCCCGUGCGGCUGCAUUAUCUGAGUCGGCUAUUUUCGAGGAUUUGGUCUUGCCGGACGUCAGCGAGUUUUUGCCGCAAUCUCUGUACGACUUCACACAUCACGGGUCGCAGGAUGACACUGAGGACGAGGAGGGCGAAGAGUAGACUCGUUCACGUUGUAUUUGUUCGUGCAUGUAUGCUGUAUUGAUGGG